AUGGAGACUCACGAUAACGCAACGCAGAAGUUCCCUGCAACUGCUGCUGAAAGUUCAACCAGAUUUUUGUUUUCUGAGGAGCCCUUUGAGGAGGUUGCGAAAGAUUCCAAGAGGAUUCUCAAUUAUCUAUUUCGUAUUUGCAGCACUAGGUUUGAUAACUGGAGCAGGAGGGUUACUCUGAUGACUUGUUGCUUUCAUCUUUUCAGAAAGAAAGGAUCUUCCUCAAUCACACGAUUGACCGAAUUAGAUAUUGAUGUUUCAGAAAUUCAGAAUGUCAAAAUCUACACUUUCAGAGAAUUGCGAAGUGCCACUGAAUGUUUUAGUCCUGCAAACAAGAUUGGGCAGGGAGGUUUUGGAGCAGUCUAUAAGGGAAAGCUGAGAAAUGGUUCUCUGGUAGCCAUAAAGGUUUUAUCAGCUGAAUCAAGACAAGGGAUCCGGGAGUUUUUGACAGAAAUCAAGGUGAUCUCUAGUAUAGAGCACGAGAAUCUAGUUAAGUUGCAUGGAUGUUGUGUGGAAGACAAUCACAGGAUUUUGGUAUAUGGCUAUCUUGAGAAUAACAGCCUAGCACAAACCCUUAUUGGUGCAGGCCACAGUAGCAUCCAAUUCAGUUGGCCUACAAGGAGGAACAUUUGUGUAGGUGUUGCCCGGGGUCUUGCAUUCCUUCAUGAAGAGGUUCGGCCACACAUUAUCCAUAGAGACAUAAAAGCAAGCAAUGUACUACUUGACAAAGACCUCCAGCCAAAAAUUUCAGAUUUUGGCCUUGCAAAGCUUAUUCCACCAAACCUGACCCAUAUCAGUACACGUGUUGCUGGAACUGCUGGUUAUCUAGCUCCUGAAUAUGCAAUCCGAAAUCAAGUGACUAGAAAAUCAGAUGUUUACAGCUUUGGAAUUCUACUACUAGAAAUUGUUUGUGGGAGGCCUAAUACAAAUAGACGUUUACCUGUCGAAGAACAGUAUCUUCUCACAAGGGCUUGGGAUUUGUAUGAGCGUGGGGAAACAGAAAAAUUGGUGGAUGCUUUUCUGGAUGAAGACUUCAAUAUUGAGGAGGCAAUCAGCUUUUGUAAGAUUGGUCUCCUUUGCACGCAGGAUUCUCCUCAACUCCGGCCCUCUAUGUCAACUGUACUUGAAAUGCUUUUAGGUGAAAAAGAUGUGAAUAAGGAGAAUGUGACAAAACCAGGCAUGAUAUUUGAAUUUGUGGAAGCCAAAAAUGCAGGGCAACAAAAAAGCAAGUCUGAAGAGAAUAGUAAAACUUUGUUGUCCGAAGGCAAGCAAGAUGAAUCAUCUUCUUCGGGAACCAUGAGCUCUUUUCCUACCAUGACCUUCACAGCAAUAUAUGAUCGAAGCAAUUAA